CGCGGGGGGCGCCGCGGCAGACAAAGCAAAGAUGGCAGGGAUCCUCGCCUGGUUCUGGAACGAGCGGUUCUGGCUGCCGCACAAUGUCACCUGGGCGGACCUGAAGAGCACGGAGGAAGCCACCUUCCCGCAGGCGGAGGAUCUCUACCUCGCCUUCCCCCUCGCCUUCUGCAUCUUCAUGAUCCGGCUGCUCUUCGAAAGGUUCAUUGCUAAACCAUGUGCCUUAGGCCUUAAAGUCCAAGCCAACGGACCACAGAAAGCUCAGCCCAAUGCUAUUCUGGAAAAAGUUUUCACAGCCAUUACAAAGCAUCCAGAUGAGAAGAGGCUGGAGGGUCUCUCCAAGCAGCUGGACUGGGAUGUACGCAGCAUUCAGCGUUGGUUUCGACAAAGACGCAACCAGGAAAAGCCCAGUACUCUUACGAAGUUCUGUGAGAGCAUGUGGAGAUUUACAUUUUACCUUUAUAUAUUUACCUAUGGAGUACGAUUCCUGAAAAAGACACCCUGGCUCUGGAAUACCAGACAGUGCUGGAGUGGGUAUCCAAAUCAGCCACUGAUGCCUGACCUUCAUUAUUACUACAUAGUUGAAUUGUCAUUCUACUGGUCCUUAAUGUUUUCUCAAUUCAUUGACAUCAAAAGAAAGGAUUUUGGCAUCAUGUUUACUCAUCACAUUGUAACAGUCAUCCUGAUAACCUUCUCGUAUGUAACCAAUUUGACACGAGUAGGAACCUUGACCUUGUGUCUCCAUGAUGCGGCUGAUAUUGUCCUAGAGGCUGCCAAAAUGGCAAACUACUGCAAGUGUCAAAAACUGAGUGACCUUUUGUUCCUUACGUUUGCCAUUGUCUUCAUUGUCAGUAGGCUUGGCAUAUAUCCUUUAUGGAUAUUAAACACAACAUUGUUUGAACUACACGAAGCUCUAGGCAAUUUUCCUGCCUGGUGGGUUUUAAACAUACUGCUUGCGGUUCUUCAAGUUCUGCACUGUUUUUGGUCUUAUCUAAUCAUAAAAGCAGCCUAUAAAGCUAUUUCAAAGGGCAAGGUAGCAAAGGAUGACCGAAGUGACAUUGAGUCAAGCUCAGAUGAGGAAGAAACAGGACCUCGUUCAAAGACAUCACACAGCACUAUCACCACUAACGGGACUGGCAGUGCCAAUGGGACAAAUGGGUAUCUUACCAGUGGCACUUGCUCAGAGGAGCAUUAAUCCUUUAGUUCAAUCAUGACAGACAAACAAAAUGAACUGUUUGCUACUGGAAGCAAAUUUUAAGUUGUGAAUGCGGUUUCUUCAUAUAUCACAGCAUCAGAAAAAGUUAGGAGUAUCAAAGCAUUCUGAUAGUGCACUGCCAUAUUCCCUGUUUGUGAAUGAAGGCAACACACCAUUCUAUAUACGUAGGCGCAUGCUGUAUGUGUAUAUAAUUGACACAAUGGGAGCAGUAUUUACGUUUUUACUGUCUUUGAAAUAUUAUUUAUUUUGAAUACUUUCUGGAAACCUCUGGACAAAAGGGAAUAUCUUUACUCAAAAUUCUCAGUAGUGGGGAGCAUCAUGCUCAGAUCUCUUCUGUCCAUCCCUGUUGCUUUCACUGAAUCUGCUCUAAGUAAUAGUUGCUUGAUUUAUUACUUACAGUAAGAUAGAACAUAGCUUUACAGAUUGUAGCUCGCUUCAGAUAUUUUUGCUAUCUUUGUGUUUAAAGUGCUGGUUUUGAAAUUGCCUAUCAAAUCACAGUGCUUGUUUCUCCAACAUAAAGUUUUAAAACUCUGGAUUGGUAUUUUAAAUAAUAGCUAAUGUGGUCAAUUAGCAAUUGAAAAAAGAAAACUGUGUUAAUUGUGGGAUAUUAUUUUAGAUAAUUUAAAAUUCAAAAUUGGUGGUUAGUUACAUUAGAAGUAGACUUGAUUAGUUGUGCAAAUACCCAAAUGCACAAAAAUUUUUGUCAACAAUUAGGAUAAACUCUUACUCUUUUUAUUUUUGCCUUGAAACUUUUGACCUCUACAGAUUCCAGCUUUUUGCACAGAUUCUGUGUUGAAAGGUGUUUGGUCAGUUGUACCAUUGUGAAUCCAGAACUCACUCCUGAAACUGUUCUUACAAGUUUGGAAGGAUGAGAGUAGGAAUAUAACGGAGAAAAAAAAAAAAAAAAAAGCAGCAGAUGAAAGGUCAUUGCUUCCUUGGAUGCAGCUCAUUCUAGGUAUUGUUCUUACAAUUAUUGCCACUUUUUAUCCUCUCUUUAGCCUAUCAGGAAGGCAGAAGGUUAUACAUUACUAGAAGUUUAUUUUAAAUGCAUGAAGGCUGGAGCAAAAGUUAGUUAAGAAAAUUCACAGCAAGCUUCAAAGACUCAGCAGUAUUUUAUCACCUCUAGAAAUAAAGUUAAGUGUGGUCAUAAAAUAAUUUUGCUCUCCUGUUCUAGCCAAGGUUUAUGAACUGUGUUCCCAAAGGAGAAAAAGUAACACCCAAAAUAAAUAUCUUUUUUAAACAUUAUAUAUACACUUCCAGUUUUUAGAACAAAGUUUGUUGCUGUAUUGCUAAGAAGCGUACAACUCUUGCAGAACACUUUUCUUUGAUUAUUAUCAACAGUGCCAGAAGUAGGAGAAGUUCCUGGGCAACAGACUCUAUGCAACCUGCUCUUCGACAGUAUUGUGUAUGUGCACACAGAACCCAUGUGCUUAUAGACCAAAGACACACACAGGUGCACACGCAUGCAUACACACUCAUACA